AUGUUCCGACCCAAAGAGCCCUUUGAGGGUCAAGAAACAAUAGACGCACAUCUCAUUGGAACCAGUGAUGAAGGUACAAGUGUGUUAUCGUCACAAUGCGUCAAAUUUGCGAAAGAUCGGCCUGACGAUUUUACAAAUUAUUUGCUAUGUGCGUGGAAACGAGAUGGCGCUGUUAUUCGAGAGCAUAAAGAGCUAUUGAAAGCAUUACAAAACGUCGAGGUAACACGAAAAGAUGGCGAAACUAGUCUCUUGAGGGAAUUCUACCUCCCACUUCCGAAACUCGUUUUCUUACAGGCCCGAUAUAUGCUCCCGCAUGAGACCUUCAAAUUCUUAGAUCUUGAUCCCAAACUGUCGUCAAGUACGGAUCUUGGACCAUGGAUAUUUCUUCGAGAUGAUAUCAAAGUCGAGGCGACAGAUGACGAGUGGUUCUACCUCUCUCUCCUUCACUAUGUACAGACACAGAACAGCGACGGGAAAGUAGAGUUUCCACGACGGGUUUUCGAGUUGUAUCUACGAUUACAGGCUGUCUGUGAAGCUGGUGGGGAGAGAAUCAAAGUUGAAGUCAGAAACUGGUUGAGGGAGCAGCCACUUAUCCUUACACCCAGCGGGUGGAAAACUGCCAGCCAGUGUUAUGUCAAAGCCCCGAGGAAUCCAUCUAGGGUGAUCUCUGACUCAACGCUUCUCCCGCCACCCAAAGAAUGGGAAGUCUCCAGUUUCGAACGCCCCGCUCUUGAGAAGUUCUACAGGGAAACGCUAGAAGUCCUGGAUGGAGAAGUUGAGUCAAUUCUCUUGGAGUUCGGCAAAGAACCUGAUUUCAAGAGGGCGAAACAGUUGUAUCACGCUCUGCAGACGAUGGAACCAGGCCUAACGAAUGAUGAUAUCAAGCGAAUUAGGUCAUUUUUCAAAGACAAGCCACGCCUCUUGCUGUCUGAGAAAAGUACCGAGAGGUUCCUUUCGACUGAGUGCGUCUGGGCACCAAAGUUUACAAGUCCGCGCAAUGCGAGCGAGACUUGUCCAGAGCUGGAAUCAUUCUUCACCGAACUCUUAGGAGUUUCAAAAACCGACAUCAACGUUGUCUACCAGGAGCUUGUUGACUUUGACUACCGGAUGAUGCUCGAUCCCUACGACUCACUCGAUGAAAAGAUUAAAAGGCUUCUCAUACAACUGAGUGAAAGGCUUCCACAAUUCGGACAUUUAAUCGACAAGGAAGAUCUCCGUGAGAAGCAGAUAUUCCCAGUAUAUGGAAAAGACAAGCGAGUGCGGUUGUUCCCAGUCUCGAAGCUCUUUUACAUCCUUGACAAGGAAUAUCUACAUCAUAGCUUCAGAGGAAAGGCAGACGUCCUUGAUAUUGAUCACACGACCUUUUGGUUGUUAGAACCUUUCUUUAUCUGGAUGGGGCUUCAAAGCCGGUAUCUCAGAAACAAUCUUAUCAUGGAACCUGCUUCGAUUACACCUGGUGUAGUUAAUUACGAGUCAACCCCAACCCUUGAUCAAGAGCGAGUUGAUGGACUCUUACGCCUCGCGGUUCAUUUCAGGAGCUCCCGUACAAGGAAUGCAGAAGAGAUAGCCUCUGUUGAGCGACAACUGCUAUUGACCAAGGUCUAUUACGUGGAUGAGGGCGACAUUAAAUGCACCGUAUCCAUCAAGGGACUUCCCUCAACGACUUAUAAAACUCCAUUUCCCCCAUUCUGCAUCAACAAACGUCGAAAUAAUGGGUUAAAUAUCUACGUCGCAAAAAAGUCAGCUGAAGUUACGACUUCAGUUGAACUACCUCGCUCUUUGGCAGCGUGGUUGAUGGGAGAUCGAGAUCCCCGGCAUCCAGAUACAACGCAGGUCGACCCAAGACUCAUCUAUCUCGUGGGAACUAUACUCAGAGUUAGACAUUAUAAACUUUCUGCUAUCAAAGAUAUUCUGGAUGGAGAAGGGAUUGUUGAUGUUGAUAAACUGCAAUGCUCUAUUUAUCAUCCCCAGAGCUGGAAGCAAGAGUACGUUCAGUUGUUCUCCGCUCAGCCGCCUUCGCUCAUGUCUAGUCGUUCAACUCUGGACUCUAGUCGCACUUCGACACCAGCGCAAGUGGACGGCUUGACUCGACAUACUUCAUUUGGGUUGGGAGGCAAGUCAAACAGCAACGGGUUUGGGAGUAGGCUGGAGGGCAACUAG